AUGCCGCAAGACAGUUUUCAUUGUUGCGUUAUCAAUGAUGGUGCAGGCCGAUGGUUCGUUUACUUCGAUAAACCCCGUUCAGUAAUGACUGUUACGGAUAGCAUGACGUCAACCUACGAAAAAGCGAUGACAACUAAAGACCAAAUUGAAUUUGCUGGAAAUGUCUCUGAAUCACUUCUUGAACAGUCUUGGCAAGAAAUGAUACUUAGAAGAACGCUGAAAGUAUCCGAAGUAACAGAUGACAAACUAAUUCUAGUGCACGUUGUCAACAGGAUCGAAUUGAACCGUGUUAUUAAUGCAGACAUGCAAUUAAGGACUGUUGAUUUGCUGGAAAGAGCUGUUAAUGCCUACUUGAGCUUGCUUGAGCGUCAGAUAAGAAAUAGAACAGAUGUUGAACAGAUGGCUGCUCGAAAAACAAUGCGGAAUCAGUCGAGUCAGAGGAAGAAAUCUGAAAAACAUGAAAACGGCUCAACAUCAGAAUCGAGCAAACGACGAAGAACUCGACCAACAGGUCUUAAUUUUGAUGACUGA